GGCUCUGCACCAUCAUCCACUACCUCAUCCAUGGGGAGCUGGGCUGGUUUGGGCUGACCAUUGCCUGUGUGGUGCCCGGCUAUGCCACUCAGCUCCUCAGCAUCUUCUGGUUCAGAGCAGAUGGCCACCCACCCGGCUGCUGGCUCCUGGUGCUCCAUCUCCUGCAGCUGGGCCUCUGGAAGCGGUACUGGGAUGUUUUGCGGAUGGUGACAAUGACGGGGGGCAAUGCCUGUGCUGAGGAGGUGCUGAUGCAGCAUGGGGACGUGUGUGUUCUACGGCUCCUGGAAGCCCUGCUGCAGACCCUGCCUCACCUCCUGCUGCAGGUCUACAUCAUCGUGGUGGUCAACCCAACGGGCUUCAUCCCUGGUGUCAGUGCUGGGUUGUCCCUGCUCUCUUUCUCUUGGGCUUUGGUCUCCUACAACCGCUUCAUCUGCCUGCUGAAACCUGGCCACCUCUGCCCGCCGGUCGCAGCCAUCCUCUGCCUGCUGCUCUGGAGGAUGGGGAUGCUGGGGACCAGGGUCCUGGCCCUGGUGCUCUUUGCCAGGCUGUAUUCCUUCUGGGUUUUUGCUGUGGCAGGUGGCCACUGGUUGCUCAUGUCCUUCUGGUUGGUGGCCCAACAGACAGACAUUGUGGCCCAGCCCUGCCACUGGAGGCUGUUCAAUUGCCUGGUGGGAGCUGUGUACAUCUUCUGCUACGUUAAUGUCCGACCUGGUCCCUCCAAGCACAGGGUGGCCGUGUUUUAUGCAAUAAUGCUGAUGGAAAACACCCUCCUGCUGCUGCUGGCCACCCGGUUCCUGCAGGCAGAGCUGAGGAACAGCCUGGGCGUGACUGGGGCUGUCAUGUCAGGGUCUGUCAUAGGUGCUGUAGCUCUGGUGGUUUAUUACAGCCUGCUCCAUCCCAAGUCCACAGAGAUCUGGCAGGGUUUCCUGGAGACAACCUGCGGUGAUGCGGCUGCUGGCGAUGAUGAGGUUGCUGGAGAUGGCUCCCAAGCUGGCCAGAGCCUGGGAAUUUCAGGACACAGCAGGUCCUUGGCAGGAGAAGGGACCGCAGCAGAUCCCCAAAACAGGAACAGCUCAGCACUCGUGCAAUUCAGUGGGUGUUUGGAGGAUGGCUGGACAAACCAUCACCACUGGCUGCUGGUAAAGCUGACCCUGAAGACAGGAGAUAUGUCUAUAAUCAACGCAGCUUUUGGAGAUGGUGGUGUGGGAGAGGUUUGUGCUGGAGGAUGGGUGAUGGGAAGAGCCACCAGUGUUGAGCCUGGGGCAAACCUUUCCCUCCCCACGAGGGAAAUCAGUCUUGGGGGUGUUGGACCCGGUGUGACUGAUGAGAACUUGCCAGCGAUGAGGAAUGGAGGAGGUGACAAACCCAGCACUGACACUGCAAGAACAGCACAGGAGGACAGAGCAGGGCAGGAGCCUGGGUUUCCCCCACCCAUAUCUUUUCCCAGCAGCUUCUCCCCAGACCUACCUGAGAGCUCCUCUGUGUAUUUCAGCGUGAGCACAGGAGGUAUCACCUCUCCUGGCCUGGGGACAGCCACAGCUACCUGCGUGGCCCUGGAGCAAAGGGACAGCGAAGCCCAGCCUGCCCCGGGAUGCCUGGGAAAAGGAGGAGGAGAGGAUUUAUCCCUUGGGAUGGUGAGCAUCAGCCCAAUCCUGGGCUCUUGUGCUCACAGGCACCUGCCGAGAAGCUCUUCCCUCAGCAGCAUGAGCGGCUGUGGGGUGGUGGCUCCCCCCAAAGAGAGCUUGGGUGCCCUCAUGGGGUGGCAUCGCCUUUGGGACACCCACCCUUGUGGCACACAGGUUGUGAGGAGCAAGGUGAGGCCACCGUGCUUCACCUCCACCCCCAAAGCCAACCUUAGAUGCCCACAGGAAGGGCUGGGGGAGCUGGGAGAGGGGACAGACCCAUCUGAGUUGCUGGAGUGA